AUGCCUCCUUCAGCUCUUGAUCGCCUUGCUUCCCUUCACAUUGAUUAUCCAAUGCUGUUUGAGCUACACAAUGUUGCUGCUGAGAGAGUGUUACAUUGUGGUGUUUUGGAAUUCAUUGCUGAAGAAGGCUUGAUAUAUAUGCCUCAUUGGAUGAUGGAAAAUUUGCUUUUACAAGAAGGGGACCUUGUGAGAGUAAAGAAUAUGACCCUUCCAAAGGGUACAUAUGUAAAAUUGCAACCGCACACAUCCGACUUUCUCAACAUUUCCAACCCAAAAGCAAUAUUAGAGACGACGCUUAGGAACUUCUCGUGUUUAACAACAGGAGAUAGCAUUAUGGUGGCAUAUAACAAUAAGAAAUACUACAUUGAUAUUAUUGAAUCAAAGCCUUCUAGUGCAAUCACCAUUAUUGAAACUGAUUGUGAGGUUGACUUUGCUCCUCCCCUUGAUUACAAGGAACCACAAAGGCUCCCUUUAUCAUCAUCAUCCACCCAAGAUGAAGAAAGUCUACCAGAGGAACCAAAGUUCAACCCGUUUACAGGAUCGGGGAGAAGGUUGGAUGGGAAGGCUUUGACAUACCAACCGCCGCCUGUUUCCACCACCUCCAAAGGGAAACAACCGGCGGUUUCCGGCGGAAGACCUACCGCCGCUUCUAGCUCCCGCCAGACUCAGGGAAAACUCGUGUUUGGUUCUAAUUCUAAUGCUGCUGCCCCUCAAAAGCGAAAGGAAGCUGCUAAAGAGAAGAAAGUGGAAGAACCCACAAAGGAAGAAGCCAAGUUUCAAGCUUUUACUGGAAGAAAAUAUUCGCUAAAGGGUUAA